AUGCUUGGACGUCUCUUAAGGACAUCUUCGUUAAGCGAGUUUGUACCAUUUGGCAGCAGCAAUGUUACUGUUGGGGAAGAAGUGUUUCAAAAUGAGCCGUUUUACAUGACGGAUGAUUUGAAGACUUUGUUGUACGGAACAAGAGAUAAAGCAUUGUUUGAACGGAUAGCGAACGAUAGGUUACACAAUGGUGGAUUUCGGUUGAUAAUAUCGCAGGAAUUGGGACAUGUAACUAGUCGUAACAAUUAUCAGGUUGUCUUGGACCAUAGUUCAGUAAAUUUCCAUACAGGGGCGCAUAUCCCACUAAAUGAGCUUAAGGAUUAUAUAUUUGGGUCAUCGAUAAGAACGAUUGACUAUUCUGCGUCGAGCGACAAGAUCAAAGUCGUUAAGAGUGCAAACAUUGUUCUAUUCACGAGGAUUUUCUAUUUAAAUGAGAAAUCGACGUUGAGAAUCGCUAUAAGUUGUUGUGUCACCGACGACGUUCUGCCCGUGUUGACUGAAUGUUGGCCUCAUAUAUCGUCGUUCUUGGAUCAAUGUGAGAAUACGUUGUUGAAAUAUCUAGCGAAGAAUGACACACAAUUCUUACCCCAUGAUUGGAAAGCCAGAAACUGUAUCGAGGUUGCUGCCGUCUUACAAACUUUCCAACGUAAAAUUAUACCGUUAUUAUCCGGGUAUUCUGAUACCCCACGAUUAUUCCUUUACCCUAUGGAUUCAAUACCUUACAUCAAGACAUGGGUGAAAUAUGUAACCAAUUGGAUUGAAUUGAAGGAUGGACCCAGAGUUCGUUUUUUACCUAUUUUGCUGGCAAAACUACGGUAUGAUUUCGCUUCGCUUUUGAAGGAAAACUCGAAUACAAGAAUCGUUAUACUUACCGGUAAUAUGAACGUUGCCAACAGGCUCAUAUUUAUCCUUACUGCAUUCCUUGGUCCACAUUUCCGUGGGACUUUACAUAAAAGCAUCAAUUCCCAAGGUUGUCCAUCUCCGGCUGGGCGUAAAAUGUCAAACAUGAGUGGGGCUUCCGAUUUCCCAUUCGAAUUGAAACCUUCAAACAGCAGCAUAACAGAAACCAAUAAAGGUUGGGAGAUACCAAGAAUCAAAAGAGACCCGACAUUUAGCGUUACCAGCGUUUCUUCCGAUGAAACAGGGGUACAAACUUUCAUUCAACCUUCAUCGCUGAAAAGUGGAGCCUCUUCGGUCCAAUACCUAUCAUCAUCGUUAAAUAGUGCAUACGGCAGUUAUGGAUCUUGGUUCAAGAAAGUCGCACAAUCACCGUCAUCCAGAUCCAACGAAUCCUCGCAUGAAGUACCUCCAAUUUUGCACCGCAACAGCAGUAGUACCUCCUUCCAUCAACAAGCAGUGCUGGGCAACAUCAACGGUUCACAACGUGUAACACCUCAGCCAUCACCUACCAUUGCAGAAUAUGAAGAAUACCCAUGGUUUUCCCCGUCACCAAUUGCAAGGGAUCAGCCAAGACCAGAGAAAAGAAUACCCACACCAAUAUCUUCUUACACCACAGAAAAGGAAAGAAGAACGCAUUUACAGUCUGAAAUAUACGACGUUGACAUGAAACGAACCGUGAAUCGACUCAUCGACGAGGACUCUUUAAACGACGCAUUCGCAGAUCUAGUAAUAGAUCCACCAAGCUAUGACACAACGGUCUCGAACGAAAAGCAUGGCGAAAUUGUAGAAGUUAAUAUGGCUUCUCCCAGAAAACAGCGCAAUAAUCAAAAUCAAGAACUAUUACGAAGGUUCACGUCCUACACUCCACACUACAACCAAUGGUUCCAACUACAAGCGUGCCAGAUCACCACAGAAUCCGAAAACAAGGUGAUCCAUUCGAUGAAGAGAGAUUUAACGUACGCAGAUCAAGAUCCAUGCAAAAAAGAUAAAUCCACAUCAACGUUACUCAUCUCGCUCAGAUCAAGAGAGAUCAAACAAGUCACUAUCGUGAGAGACACAAAUAACAGAUUCAUACAGAGAACAAAGAAGAUAUUGCAAAAUGGGAAAGUGGGUCCCGUCUCGAGGGCAAUGCUCUCAGGCAUAGAAACGACAGACCAGCAUUUAAAGAAACUCAUGGAAUGCAAUAACGACAACGAGGCAUUAGUUUCCCUCUUCAACGAUAUAGUAACGUGUGCCUCAACAUAG